AUGGAGGAGAACGCAAAGCUCAAAAGGGAGCUGGCAGAUGUGAAGCACAGGCUGAGGAAUCUCAACGAGCAGUACCUGGAGGAGGUGACUUUCUGGCGUGCCCGCGCCCUAGAGCUCAAGCUCCAGCUGGCACUGCCCAGCGAAGCCGCGCGAACGAGCGGCGGAGGUGAAGGCACGAACGGCCACUCGAAGCUGCCAUCGGCGGCUGAGAAGCGGCUGGAGCUGGAGGCACGGAAGGCUUCGGCGGAGCAGCGGGUCAAGGCGCAGCAGGAGCUCUCGGCGCAGCUCACGGAGCAGAGCUGCCAGCGGGCCCUGCACUUCUUGACCAAGGAGGGUGGCGCUGCGGACACCUUUGCGCGCUCGCUGGACCAGCUGGAUGUGGGGACCUUGCGCUGGGCGCAGCAUCAGAUAGAGAUGCGCUGGCGAGAUCUCGCCAGGCUCUCAGAGCCGCGGGAGCCCCCGGCCCGGGGCCCGCGCCAAGCCUCAGACAUCCGCAUCCUGGCGCGGGAGGUCUUGCAAAACCGCUCCACCAUGGCGGAGCUGCUCUCCUGCGCCACAGGCAAGACCAAGGAGCAGGUCGUAGAGGACACCAACCGUUGCUACUACAUGCAGCCGGAUGAAGCAGUGCAGUACGGGCUCAUUGACAAGGUGCUGACCCCUGAGAAGUUGAAGGGGGCCGGUGACAAGGAGGUGCCUUCCUUUGUCUCCGCAAUGGCCUCCUGA